GGGUACUAGUCGGUUGUCGCGAUGUCAAACAAGAUGGCGCAUGUUGGUCAUUGAUUUAAAGUCGGAAGUGCUUCAAAUUUAUUGCGAAUUCGUUCAUCAACAGUGUCUAUAGAACAUAUUUAAACUUUUCAAAGUGUGGUAUCCUACGUAGAGAAUAAUAUGUCGACUCCAGUGGUUCAAGAUAGGAACGAUUCAACCAAGGGAGUGAACGGUUUAACUCCAAAAGAGCAGUCUCUCCUCGUGGAGAUCAGGAAAAGAAAAUCAGAGUUGCUGGUUGAAAUUCAGCGACUCAAGAACGAGAUAGCAGACGUAACAGCAGAAAUGGAUUCCAUAGAACAGCGUGACAAUGGUUCUAAGGAUGAUCCAAGGGCUAAACAGUUAUCCACAGGAAAGAAGAAGUUCAACAUUGAUCCUGAUAAGGGAAUGGAAUACCUGAUAUCUAACAACCUGCUAAACAACACUCCAGAGGACAUUGCUGACUUUCUUUUCAAGGAAGAAGGGUUAAAUAAGACAAUGAUUGGAAAUUAUCUUGGAGAAAACAAAGAAUUCAAUCUGGAAGUUUUCCGAUUGUUUGUUGAGCAUCAUGAUUUCACAGGAAGAUCAUUAGUAGAUGGUCUUAGGCAGUUCUUGUGGAGUUUUCGUCUUCCUGGUGAGGCCCAGAAGAUUGAUAGAAUGAUGGAAGCAUUCGCAAAGAGAUUUUGUGAUCAGAACCCUGGAGUGUUUACAUCAUCUGAUACCUGCUAUGUUCUAAGUUUCUCACUCAUCUUGUUAAACACUAGUCUUCACAACCCAAGUGUAAAAGACAAGCCUACAGUAGAGAGAUUCAUCCAAAUGAACAGAGGCAUUAACUGUGGAGAAGAUUUACCCACUGACAUUCUUGUGAGUUUAUAUGAAAGCAUCAAACUUGAACAAUUCAAGAUCCCAGAAGAUGAUGGAAAUGACAUAACCAGAACAUUUUUCAAUCCAGACAGAGAAGGCUGGCUUAUAAAGGAAGGUGGAUUGCACAAAAGUUGGAGAAAACGAUACUUUAUCUUAAAAGAUAAUUGCCUUUAUUACUUCAAGAAUGUAGGGGACAAGGAACCCCGUGGUAUUAUUCCUUUGGAAAAUCUUCAAGUGAGGAAAGUUCAAGAUGCCAGGAGAAAGUACUGCUUUGAAAUAUAUUCUGCGGACAAUUCAUCUGGACUUAUAAAAGCUUGUAAAACAGACUCAGAAGGGAAGGUUGUAGAAGGGCACCAUGAUGUUUAUCGUAUCUGUGCAGUCUCUGAGGAAGAAAGAGAAACCUGGAUUGGCUGUGUAAAGGCCAGUAUGAUAGUCGAUCCCUUUUAUGACAUGCUUCAAACAAGGAAAAAGAAGGUCACCCAGGGAGCAUUAAACUAAUAAUACUUAAUAGUACAGGAACUUUUUUACAAAAUAGUUUGUAUAACUCUUUGAAUAUCUGCCAUAUCUAUACUCAUUUAACCCAUCCCCCAUUCUGCUAGCUGGCACAAAAGCCAGCAAGAAGAUUCAGUCAUUUCAACUGGUUUUUUUUUUUUCGCAUUUCUCUUAAUCAAGCUCCAACUUAGUUGGUACAUUAGAGCUCUUCCUCUACCUUCGUGUACUAUGUUAAUUGUUUAAAUUGGCCAUAUCUUUUUAAAAGGCUUUCUAAAAAGCUGAUUAAAAAUGGUAGACAUGUA